GCACGUCUGUCGGGCGUGGCUGGCUUGUCUGCCGGGGGGGCUGUAGCCGUAGCCUGCUCCGGGGCUGCUGGAUGCUCCGUGAUGGAUGCGGAGUGACAGAUCGGGGUUAGCCGCCAGGGGAGUCCAUUUUCUUGCAGCGCACGGUGCUAUCCGAGGAGAAAGCUGAGGAGGUGAGACACUGGACGCAGAGGAGGAAGGGACGAGAAGCAGACCGAUUUCCACCCCUCCUUUCUGACUCUCUGUCACACACAUACACACACACACAUGCACACACACUCUCUCUCUCUUCUCCCGUGCAUCACAACCUAGUGGGCUUUACCCGGACUGCACCGCAUUGACGCUGCUGCUGCUGCUGCUGCUGCUGCUGCUGCUGCCAGCCGACCCAGCCCACUAAACUAACGCACUAACAUACAGAGAGGGAAGCAGAGGGAGAAUCUGUGGCUUUACAUGCAGUUACGCACAGCUGCAAACUGGAUGCUGUGCGGAUUGUGUGCGUGGAUAUGCAGCAAUCCCCUCUGCACAUCUCUUUGCUUCUUUCUCUCUGGAUCCGGACUCUGAUUCGCUGUCCUGCUCGGUAAUGUCAAGACUUUGGAAGCGGGAGUGACUCGGGGAGUGAGGCGGCGGUUUUGGAGAUUACUGCAUAGAGCAAGGCGAGAGAAAAUUAAGAGAUAACUUGCAAGUUUUCCAGAGCUCGCAUCAUGAAUGUAGGUGUUUACUUGAGCCCAGUGAGCUCCCCGCUGUGCCGUCUCCAACAUGGGUGUUGACUGAAUGGAGGAGUAUCCCCGCGCUGCCACAGAAGGUAUGAAGAUGCACUUGUGAGGAUUAAAAACUGCGCUCAAUAAUUCCCGGACCAUGCAGAUUCUGCCGCCUAGGACGUUAUUUGUGUUACUAGCCCAUGCACAUGUGUUGUUAUCACUGAGAAAUAAUGGAGAAGCUAAAGAGGACAGCAACACCAGCGCGUACUCUGCCAGGACUUUCCACGGGUCACUCCGGGAGAGUCAUCAAAACAAAGCCUGGGACCGUGCGCUCUCGCCGGGGUACGCCACAGGUGCGUCCUCGGCGGAACUGCAGGCGAUUAUCCGAGGGCCUCUUAACUCCACUCACCCCUGGAAGAGGGUAAUUGCUGGAGAAACGAGGCGAAUUGGACACAACAAGCGCGACUUCAGUAGGACUGUGACACCCGUGGAGGAUCCCAACGCUGUCUCACAUUGGGACCCGACGCGCCACCACAAUAAGAGGAUAAAGUUGAAUGGCGGUCUUAGUAGUACGAGGACGCCAGCAGGUGGACACUACAAUGCGGCUAAGCCGUCUUCAAUGGGCCAGGGAGACGGAGGAGGGGGACCCGAGGAGGGCGACAGGCACAAGAGAGGCACAAAGGACGAGCAGAAGAAAGCCUCGAAGAGGGGGAGAAGCCGGCCGAACAAAAGCGCGGGGGCUUUGGCUCAACCUCACGCGUCGCCGUGGGAACCCAUCCCCAAGCCGGUGGCCCUCACCUCCACCGACCUGCCCUUUGACCUCUUCACCAGGAGGACCGAGUUCUUCACUUUCAGAGAGGAGAACCCCUGGGACGCCACGCCGAUCACCCCUCCCAGCUCGCAGGAUUUCGGGGAUGAGAUCAAGAACCCCUUUUACCCGGUGACAAGUGAGACUUAUGGCGCGUACGCGAUCACGUGCGUCUCCGGGGUUAUUUUCCUGGUGGGGAUAGCGGGCAACAUCGCCAUCCUGUGCAUCGUGUGCCAGAACUACUACAUGAAGAGCAUCUCCAACUCACUGCUGGCCAAUUUGGCUGUCUGGGAUUUUGUGCUCAUCUUCUUCUGCCUGCCCAUGGUGGUUUUCCAUGAGCUGACUAAGUCCUGGCUGCUGGGGGAGUUCACCUGCAAAGUGGUGCCCUAUGUGGAGGUGGCCUCCCUUGGUGUGACAACCUUCACCCUGUGUGCUCUGUGCAUCGACCGCUUCCGUGCAGCCACCAAUGUCCAGAUGUACUACGAGAUGAUCGAGAACUGCACCUCUACUACUGCUAAGCUAGCUGUCAUCUGGAUCGGUGCUCUCCUAUUGGCCCUCCCAGAGCUCCUCAUCCGACAGCUGGUGGCAGAGGACACAGGAAUGCCAGACGAGCCUCCUGUUGAACGCUGUAUUAUCAGGAUAUCCACCUCCCUUCCUGACAUGCUCUACGUACUGGGCUUGACCUACGAGGGUGCUCGGUUGUGGUGGUGCUUCGGCUGCUACUUUUGCCUCCCCACCCUCUUCACCAUUGGGUGCUCAUUGGUGACGGCACGUAAGAUCCGGCGUGCGGAGCAGGCCAGCGUGCGCAGCAACAAGAAGCAGAUCCGGCUGGAGAGCCAGAUGAACUGCACCGUUGUGGCGCUGGCAAUCGUCUACGGUGCAUGCGUGGUGCCUGAGAACAUCUGCAACAUAGUUUCUGCGUACAUGGCGGCAGGUGUUCCUGAGCACACCAUGUCCGUGCUCCAUCUUCUCUCCCAGCUGCUUCUCUUCUGUCGGGCUGCCGUGACACCGGCACUGCUGCUUCUCCUGUGUCGCCCGCUGGGCAGGGCCUUCCUGGACUGCUGCUGUUGCUGCUGCUGCUGUAACCACGCACCGUCCUCGGCCACUGCCAGUGACGAUAACGAACACGAGUGCACCACCGAGCUGGAGCUGUCGCCAUUCAGCACCAUCCGCAGAGAGCUGAGCAACUACACACCUGCUGGCUCCAACUGCUAAACUGACAUUCCUCAUCAGGGAUGGAGAGUUCAUUAGCUUUUAGCCUCUGGCUAGCAUUUUUCAGACUCGGCUAGGAGCGAUAUGCCUUACCUAGUCUAGUUACAUUUUUAAAUGGGUGCAUGAAUGAGGUUGGACACUGAAUAAUCACACUCAGCCAGUGUCCUACAUCUUUAACAUCCAUCCCUUACAAUAAUUCUAUAUAUUUACAGUAACUGUAUAACCCUAAUUUUCCAGGAAAGCUAACAAAAAGCAAAAUCUUCUUUCACUCAUGCCCUGGGGUGCUCUUAAAACAGGGUCAGUACAUAUUUUUAGCAUACCUGCCUGAAACCUUUAAAACUUAAAACCUCCCUGCUGUAGACCUUUUAUGCCUAAAUAUGUUUGGACAGUUCGGAUGGCCUCUUAACCUGUCUGUCUGGUUCCUCACAAGAGGUCGAAUCAGGUUAAUGUCUUUAGAUUUUCCGAUUCUGAAGCAGAAAAGCUGUUUCCCACAGGCCUCAUGCUUUAAGUAGCAUUUAGAGGUGAUAAUAUUUAUACUGUACAAUGUACAUAGAGAAAUGAUUGUACAGACUAUGUCACAGUAUGCUCUGUUAUGAUUAAUAAAACAGUUUGUGAUGAUAUGUGUAUUUGGCCCCCAUAAAUAAUAUUUAUGUAUGGGAAACUGUACUGCAUAUCUUAAGGUAGAAUAAUCAAUGCCAAUCACCUUCUAAAUGUGUCACAAAUUAUGGGGACGUGGCUAAUUAAUCAUAAAGUGCAACCUUUGUAUAAUAACUCAAAUACAGCAUCCAGCUAAACACGUGGGCUGACACUGCCUAUAGAAAUACAGGACUCAAUUUCAUCAGCUGUAAAGGUACAGUAAGUGUAAUGCUGCACACAUGGGAGCAAGGCUUACGAUAAUUAAACUAGCGCAGGGCGUCUCUGCAGUAAUGACAGUUUGCAAGUGGAGGACACAGAGGGGAGAGUGGAUUAGAGAAUCCAAAUGUACACAACACUGACACUGUAUAUUAAAAAAAUAUCCAGGCGACUCAAACACAACUGGGCUGGUCUCAGAGAUACAUAAACGCGUACGGUGUGGAAUUAAAAGGUUUCGGAACGGACUAAUUGAAAUCACAUUAGAGUUGAAUGGAGUGGAAUGGAAUCGAAUGAAACACUCCAGAUUAAAUUGAAUGGAGUGAAUAUGAAAAGAGUGGAAAAGUAAUGGAGCAUAACACCGUGGAAUAUAAUGGAAAAGGAUGGACUCAGCGUGGACUGGACUGAAAAUAAAUAUCUGCACUACACUGUUGUAUCAUGUUACGCCUUACACUUUGGGCUGUAUAUAUACUGUACACUUUCUUUGGUGCUCUUAUGAUGAAUGCACUGUAAACAACAAAUCCAUUGGGUCGACUUAAAUUCGCAAGUAAUUGAGCUGCGCACUAUGUUUUUGAUCAAGAAGACAGAUUGUCUGAGGAAUACAUGAACAAUGGUCAGGUGAAAGGAGAAAAAAAUCAAUGAAGAGUUUCACUGAGCUGCCGUAGACACAGUUUAGUGGGAUCAUCUGAGUCUUUGAGUAUAAAUACUGCCUUUGUUAACAGUGAUGGUACUUUGACACCUACACAGCAUGGUAAGUAUGGUAGCACUUUGUUACAGUUCAGUGAUUACUCAGUGUUUACUAGACACUGAUAAAUGAAAUACUAAUUAACUUGUAAUCAACAUUAUAGAGACGUGAAUAGAUGCAAUAAACUAGUGUCUACAUGUUUUUAUUUUACAUUGGUACAGAAAUAUAAUUUCUGGUAGUUAGUUCUGUUAUGUAACAUAUUUAAAUAUUAAUCAUCUAGGUAAUUACAACAUAUUAAAUUAUUAUUUAAAAAAGAAAAAAGUGCCAAUACUGCAUACUAUCAUUGUAAAUACAAUUGCUGGACUGUAAUUAUAAUGGGAUUGUACAUUUGUACAAAUAACUACUGCAAAGUUACAGUAAAUAUAAAGUAGCUGUUUCAUUUUCAUUAUUUAUUCACAACUUCUGAACUGUAAAACAAAGUGCUACCACAAGGGUAUAGAUUAAUUAGAGCGCAAAACCAUUGGUCGUUGGCUAAACCCCUACCCCGAUUGUCCAAUCGCAACUUAGCAACCAUAACUAGGCAGGACUGGUGAGACUGGAGAUGGGUCUGAUUGCAUCCGUGGCAGAAUGCAAACAUAAAUCAUCGGUUCAUGUAGGACAGGAAUGCCCAGUGGUUGCUGACCGCUCUAGUAAAUUUACUGACUUCUCGUCAGUGCAAUCAAACUCUGUAUUUUAAAUGCUUAUAUCAUUUUAUCACUACUUGUGAAUUUGAUAAACCAACUGGGGCAAACUAGUAAUUCCUUAGUGGUACAUUAACAUAAGUAAUUUGUACUAACUUGAUCUUAACAAAGCUAGCUUGCUUACCAUAUUGAGCUAGCUACCUUAGCCAGCAUUCAUUGAUGCUUAUAAUGUAGCAAAACGUUUAGUGUUAGCUUGCUAGCUAGCUUGCAGGCUAUAUUCCCAAAAGGGUGAUUCAUUUCAUUAGUAGACAUGGAAUUCUGUUGGAAUGGCACCAAUAAUUUCAGCCAGGUUCUCUUUGCUGCUGCUAACACGAAUCUUAAAAUCCGAGAUAUGUGUGUGCCUGAACUUUGGAUGUUUAAAGAGAACUGGACACAGAGUUGGAGGUGGGCCCCUGUUCAUUCAUGAAAGUUGCUCAGUGGCACAUGAAGCUAAAAAAGCUCAAUUCCUGCAGUAUGAAAUUACCCUAAUCUUUUGCAUUGUGGGGCCCACAGAGCAAGUGUGCCAAAGUCUUACAGCGGCCGCUUGAACUUGAAUGGGGGUAAAAUGAUUUGAUCAUGCAGCUCUUCUGGAAUUUCAAAAUGUUAUUAGACUAAAUGGAUCAAAUCCCAAUAGUGAUGAGUUAUUUCGGGGGGUUGUGACGAUCAAAAAAAAAUGCCUCCACUGAUUUACAGACGUCUCUUUCACAGUGUAAGGCUAUGUCUUUGUGUGACCCAUGGCAUCACAUGACGGACCACGUGGUGUAAUUCCACUUUUGACCAAAAGGCCUAUAAAAAAUUUGCUUCAAAGCCUGAGGCUGUUUCUUGUGGCUUGGCUUAAGCUACCACAUUAAGCAUCCACAUGAGCGGAUGCUUCUAAAUAACAGUUCUUGUGCCCCAUGAGCCAAUCAUAACAGUGGGUGUUCUUGUCCUAUCCUAACAAAUAAUCUACAGGUGGCUGCAGUCAGACUCUACUGUAACAAUGCAUACUUAAUGCCAGGGACAUGCAACUUUACUCUCAGUCUUUCAACACAUGAUCAUGUAUGUAGCCACCAAGUGCAUAAUUAAGAACCCUGUGAAAGGAUUCUCAUUUGAAAUGAGUCAGAGAAAUAGAUUAAAAGUCAGCUGGAUACUAGCUCAUGGUGCUAAUAUUAGCUUAGUUACCUUGCUACAGCUCAUAAAAUCCACCAGUAGCAGUUGUUAUUUCAGCUGGCAAACUCGAUCAUCACAGCUAGAAAUUGGUUAUUACUAACUUUCAGUGCUAUAUCUGCCACUGUUAUCUUGUAAACUGCAUGUGUGCCGAGAAUAGAAAGCUUUAUAGGCAUAACCAAAGUGGGUGGGGCUUUAUGGAAGGUCAACAAAAGUCGUGGUUCUUGAUGUCUGAUACCCUUUGCAGCUCGAUUACUUGAGUUUUUAAGGAGAACCAUUGAAAUGUUUUUCACAGUGUAUAAAUUUACAAGUGUAUUGUACUGUAAAUCUGUUUUCUUAAUUCUACCAAUCAGACUGGGGUCAAAACAAGGUUCAAACCAUGAUUACAACUCAUUAAAGCCAGAACUCUGGUACAGGUGGUAUUAUGGUAGAGGAAAAUAUGCUUUUAUGAAGCUGUUAAGCUAUGAAGAAAUCAGUUUCUUUAAUUAUUCAUAACAAAAAAUAAAUGGAGUUGAACUCUGUGAUGACCCAGGUGUGAUGCUCAUUGGUAUACUGUAUAUUGCGAUGAAUCUUUUGCAUACGAUUCUGCACUGCCAAACACCUUCUCUCUCUGUCUGUCUCUUGUGCUCUUGUGGUAGUAGCACACUAUCUCUGGGUGUCUCUCUCAGCGUGGAGGUCAGUUUGCCCUCAGCUCCAUCAAUACAGGAGGAAGAACUUUACUACAAAUCAUAAAUCACAAAAGGUUUGACAGCACCCAGGGCGAGUCAUACUAAAAAUAUACACAUAGUGAGAAUCCGUGGAUAAAGGGUGUUUUUUUCACCACCAUGGCCGGAGGCAGCAACCCUUAAUGAACUACAGUUUAUGAGCUCCAAGAGAUCCAGGUGGAUGUAGCCUCUGGUUGGCGGUGCCUGCAGUUCUUCAAGUGAAUAGAGGAAAUAGGCAGAAACACAGCAGCUCUGCACCACAAUGCCCUGCAGCCUGUUUGACAACUCUUUUUAUUACCAUCACUAUCAGGCUAUUGUGGGCCAAUGUGUAAACCUGUCCAGGGAUCUCAGUUUAUAUGCCCUUGCACCAGCCCAAUUUCUACCAAUAAAUCCCUCCACAGACUUUUUCUGUUUAGUUCAGUGAGCUUUAGUCCGGAUUUCUCACCUGUUUUUUGAUGUGCUAUAAAUGUGAACUGACCUCCUCUAUCUGAUUCUCUUUUUCUGCAUAUUUCUGGGAGUAUAGCUCAUUCUAAAUGGCUCGGUGUGUAGUGACGUGGUUCAAACUAUUGAUGAAGUGAUUCUUGUAAAUCAGUCAGUGAGACGUUUAUUCUGAAUUUUGUGAGUAUCCUCUUCACUCUGAGCAAAUUUGUGUCUGUAUUUGAUACCUGAAAAUGUAAGCACACGACCACUAUUGUCUCAAAGUCUAGUCACUGGUUUCUAAAUAGCUUUUUAUAUAGCCAAAAAAACUGUCCCUUUGUUUAUCAAAGAACUUUAUCUUGAAAACUGUAUAUUAAAAUCCUAAAUG